CGUGCCCGAUACUCUUCUACUCAUGCGAGUCGCGAGAUCGAGGGACACUUCUCGCUUUAUUCCCGUUUCUUCUAUGUGUGUGUAUGUGUGUGUGUGUGUGUGUGUGUAUUCAGCUGGUUUUAAAAGACUACUCCACCUUCAGUCGCCGUUCGCCAACGCGACGGUAUCGCACCAUCGUCGCGUCGCACUGCGCCAACGAUCGUUUCCCGUCCCCGCGUGCACGCACGCGAGCGCGCGCGCGUGUAUGUGUGUCUUUCUUAACCGUUACGCCGAUUUUUCCGAUCACGACGCGCUCCAGAUCUGUUCUUCGCUCGUACGCGCGAAGUGAAAGUGGGAACGGGUCGGAUGGAUCUUUAACACAUUCUGAAUCGACUUGUCUACGUGCUCGUCGAAUUACGCAUACUUAUCGCAAUCUGAGAUGCGCGAGUGUACGGUGUACGUGCGUGACGUGAAUAUCGCAAAGUUAAUACAAAGAGUUCGUUAUUCUCCCUUCAUACAGGCAGUCCAAUUUCGUUGUAGGUAUCUCUCGCGAGAAACGCAAAGGAAAAAAUGGUAAUCUUGAUCAAUCCAUAUCCAGAUCCUUUCUCUGAUUAAUCAUGCGGCAGCAUCGGCAGUAUCAAUGAAAAGAAGACAGAUCGGACCCGCCCCUGUAAAAUAAUCUAAAUACGGUGAACGUACGAUUGACGUAACCAGGAAACGGAAAUGUUCGAUAUGAUCGCGACGAGAGUCCUUACAUCGCACGAUUUCGGUUCCCUUGUGAUAUUCGAAACCUUGGGACUUAACGCUAUCUUACAAAGCCGUCGAUGAUUUGAUCAUGAUCUCCACAACGAGGAAACGUAUCUGUUCCUACGCUGAAUUGAGUUAACUGUCGCCCGAGGUGUCACCACGAGGCCACUCGAGAGAGACUUACCGUCACAAGCGAAGGACGAAUUCGGAUUACGAAGUGUGCCCGGGAGAAUCUCUCCGAAUGCAAGAGAAAUGGCGUUGGUGAAUUUCAGUUUGCCCUAUCAGUCGGUGACGAUGGCACCGUUCCUUUACGCGGGCUCAGCCGGAGAUCAUACGACCGCCAACAGUCUCCGUUUGAACGCCGUAUUGCCGUCGGGAUCUGCGCCUGGUUACAGCGAACGGGAAAGCUUUCGUAACGAGCCCUACGCAUCACCAAUCAAGUAUCAUGAACAUCGACGUAGUCAGUCCGCGCAACAGAGGAGUCAUGAGAUUUAUACGGAACACACAUCCUUCUCGUCAACGCAGGAUACCCGCUACACUGUUUACAAUCAAGACUUCAAAAGGACGCAACCGAGGCAACAGCAACAACAACAACAACAACAACAGCAACAGAUGAGACCGCCUUCGCUCCCUUCAUCGUUUCAGCAUCAGCGUUCGCCUGAAUCCAUCAAAACUCAAAUAGAGGAACAGGAAAAUUAUCCGGAAAGACCUAUUGGUUAUACGAGAGUCAACGGCGGUAGCUCCGUCGAUCCGGGUACUAAAACUUCGGUCCACGCUGUAUUGGACUACGACGACGAUUUCGACGACUACUACGACGAUGAGGAUCAGGAUAUACCGAUGAACGCGCAUGUCACGCCUAUCCAGGGUCCAAUCUUCCUGAAGAACAACUCCGUGCCUGUAGUACCCCUGUACUCAUAUCCUCAGCUGAACAACGGAACAUUUGUACAGAUACCGAUAUUGUGGACUGCGCUCUCGGUAGCCUUGGGUGUCGAACUGAGAGGAGACUUGAUACGAGGCACACCAUGUAUCAAGAAAUAUCAUCAAUUGUUCUGUCCAACCGCUGGAAACACAUAUCCAAUAGAACGGAUAGAACGUUUUAUUGACGAAAAUAAAGCGUUGAUGAAAAGGAUGUAUGGUGAUUUUGAGAUGAAUCCAGGAUCGAGUGAACAUGGUCAUCGUACUAGAACGCGACGAAAAAGUAGAGAAGCGCGAAAGCACGAUAUCCCGGAUGGCGGGCCCAGAGAUAACUCGCAUAUAGAAAGCGAGAUUGGCGAAGAGUAUUUUAACAAGAAUAGAAAUAUUAGACAGUCCUUCGGAAAAAAUCGCAGCACAGAGAGUGGCAGAAUUGACGCGUGCGAAUCGAAAGUUGAAAUCGUGACUCCUUACUGGGCAAGCAAUAGCGCUGGAAAGAUUCGCGCCAUUGUGAAUACUCAACAUUUUGAGCAAGCGAUACAUCAGGAAGUGUGCUCGAAAACGCAAACAAAUCGAUGCAGCGGGGACUGUGGAUGCGAGCAGAAGUACAAGUGGCACAGAUUGCUCGCAUAUGACCCGGACAAUGAUUGUAAGGGUAUAUUUAUGGAUUGGUUCCUUUUCCCCUCUUGCUGCGUAUGUAGAUGCGAUCCUGUCAACAGCAGCAAGUUCUCCUCAUCUGGUAGUCGAAACUGAAGAGAUUAACAUAGAGUUUGACAAGCAAAACGUCAUGAUGUGCCAUGUAAACUCUUAUUCAUUCAUUCUUAAUGCAUUUAAUCAAUAA